AUGCGGCAUCAUAUGCGGAGCGCUGUACAUGCAUUGGCUGCUGGACUUCAGAACAUGCGUGUCGACGCAGCUAUAUCGACUACACUUGUUCUGGCUUUUGCCGAAUCUUGGGACCAGCAUAUCAGUACCGGCAUCAACCACAUCAAAGGAGCUAAGAUCUUGAUCAAUCAAGCACUCAUAAACCAUCGUCUCAUGCCAAAGCAAGGCGAAGAAUGGGCUCGGCUGAAGUUUCUUUGCAACACUUGGAUUUACAUGGACGUUCUUGCUCGCCUUACUUCCGCUGACGAAGACGACGCAUACGAUGUCGACAAUGUGAGAGAAAGCAUAUAUGCUGCUGGAGACACCGACUCUACUCUUGACCCGUUGAUGGGCUGCGCGCACACGCUCUUCCCCAUCAUUGGUCGGGUCGCCAAUCUGGUGAGGAAAGUGCGGAGAUCCGAUAGCAACGGACCCACCAUCAUAUCGCAAGCAGUGCAAUUGAAAUCUCAACUCGAGGAAUGGACCCCGCCUUCUCACAUUGAAGAACCAGAAGAUGAGACAACAAGUCCGCAAGACGCUAUCAAGACUGCGAUCGCUUAUCAAUACGCAACACUGCUCUAUCUUCACCAAGCCGUACCUGAGGUUCCUUCCCAGCCACCCGGCGUGCUCGCACACAAAGUACUGUGCGCCUUGGCUACCGUUCAUCCGCGCUCACGUUCGAUCAUCGUGCAUAUCUAUCCUCUGAUGGCUGCUGGCUGUGAGAUGACUGAGCCGGAGGAUCGGGAAUGGGUCAAAGAUCGCUGGUCUCUGAUGUCUACCAGAAUGAAAUUGGGGAUCAUAGAGCGAUGUUUGGAAGUCACGAAAGAAGUCUGGAACCGACGCGACAAUCAUGCGCUUGAGCGUACAACCAUGAAUAUGGAGCACUUGCGCAGCGACAGCUUCUCAUCAGACGAAUCCAUUAUUUGUGAGAACGACGCCUAUCCCGAUGAUUACGACGCCGAUCGCGACUUCGGUUCACGAGAAACACCGUACGGGAUGCCGAUACCGUCCGGUACCACAGACUCCCAGAAUUCGGGAGUAACAGUCAAAAGCCGCUUGCAUUGGUUGAGCGUCAUGAAAGAGUGGGAAUGGGAGGUCCUCCUCGGUUGA